AUGGCGGAGCCAGGAGGUGUUGAUUUUGUCUUCGAUACAACAUUCUCCCGGAACUUCAGCCUGAUAGAAAGCCAGCGGGAGUUUGUCCAGCGCUUCCGGAGGCGGUCGGAAGACAAGGGGGCUUUGCCCAUGCUAGCCGCUGCUUGCCCCGGCUGGAUCUGCUAUGCUGAAAAGACCCACGGGAGCUUUAUCCUCCCCUACAUCAGUACUGCCAAGUCACCACAGCAGGUCAUGGGGUCCCUGGUGAAGAGCCACUUCGCCGAGCAGCAGCAUGUAGCGCCCAGCCAGAUCUACCACGUGGCAGUGAUGCCUUGCUACGAUAAGAAGCUGGAAGCCUCCCGGCCAGAUUUCUUCCUCCAAGAGCAUCAAACCCGGGAGGUGGAUUGUGUCAUUACGACUGGAGAAGUCCUAAAGCUCUUGGAGCAGGAAGGGGGAUCCCUUUCCGAAGUGGAACCUGCCCCCUUGGAUGCCAUUUUUAGCGAUCUCUCCGAGGAUCAGCUCCUCAAGGGCCACUCUGGGGGUGGCUCCGGGGGCUACUUGGAGCACAUCUACAAACAUGCAGCAAAGGAACUCUUUGGGAUCCAAGUAGAAGAGAUUCAGUACAAAACCCUAAAAAACAAGGAUUUCCAAGAAGUGGCCCUGGAGAAGGACGGGGAGACCCUCUUGCUCUUCGCCCUGGCCUACGGAUUCCGGAACAUCCAGAACGUGGUGCAGAAACUCAAGCGGGGGAAGUCGCCCUACCACUACAUUGAGGUGAUGGCCUGUCCGUCAGGGUGUUUGAACGGCGGGGGCCAAAUCAAAGCGGAAGGGGAAACCAGCAAGGACCUGCUCCAGGAGGUGGAGAGUGUGUAUGAAUCUGUCCCGCCGGAGGACCCAGAGACAAACAGAACUGUUGCGGACCUCUACGAGCAGUGGCUGGGCGGCCCAUCUUUGGAGAGGAUCCGAGAGGCCCUCCACACGCAAUACCAUGCAGUGGAGAGGGCCAACACAGGCUUUGGUAUCAAGUGGUGAAAGCGAGAAGGGACAGACCUAAGAAUCGCAUGGAGGUUGCAAGGGUCCUCUCCACUUCUGGGACGGAGCUGGCAAGACAGGAGACUACCUUUUCCUUAAAUCCCUAUGGGAUUGGAUUAGGAUAAAUGUCAUGAUGUCUGAGUCUAAGAUCAGCAGCGUUCAUUGUCCCAGUAAGUAGCUUCACUCUCUCAGUAAUAUCACAUAAUGUGCCUCUGCUCAAAAAGCACAGAUUUAGGAGAUACUUCCAACGGCAGCAUCACGGGAUACAAGCAGUUCCUCUCCUUUGUAUCGGAAAAGACAUUGCAUCGUAGUAAUCUUCUAUAUCUAAAAAUGUAAUAAUAAAGUUUAUGUAUCUA